CACACAGGAAGCUGAGCCGGCUCAGGGCCCAGCCCUGAGAAAGCACAGGCCCCCAGGACCCCUGGGGAAAGGGCCCCCGCCGGGCCAGCCCUUCAGGGACCAUGGGAUCCACAGCCGAGAGGGGUCCCCCUGUCCUGUUUGAUUGGUUCUUCGAAGCAGCCUACCCUGCCUCCCUGCAGGAGGAUCCCCCCAUCCUGCGGCAGUUUCCCCCAGACUUCAGGGACCAGGAGGCUAUGCAGAUGGUGCCUAAAUUCUGCUUCCCUUUUGAUGUGGAAAGGGAACCCCCCAGCACCGCUGUACAGCAUUUCACCUUUGCUCUUACGGACCUGACCGGCACCCGCAGAUUUGGUUUUUGCCGCCUUCGUGCUGGUGCCCACAGCUGUCUCUGCAUCCUCAGCCACCUGCCUUGGUUUGAGGUGUUCUACAAACUGCUGAACACAGUGGGGGACCUCCUGGCACAGGAACAAGUCUCUGAGGUCGACGAACUUCUUCUAAAUCUGCUGCAGCAGCCCCUUUCCAGGACCCAGGACUCAGUGGGGCUGGAGCUGGGCAGCGGAGUGACGAUCUCCAGUCCGCGAGGCAUCCCACCCCCUGGCCCCGGGAAGAGCAUACCGCUCUCCUGCUUCGUGGCCCCCGAUGCCGGCCGCCUGCCAUCCAUUCCUGAGAACAGGAACCUAACAGAGCUGGUGGUGGCGGUGACCGACGAGAACAUCGUGGGGCUGUUUGCCGCGCUCCUGGCCGAGCGAAGGGUCCUGCUCACCUCCAGCAAACUGAGCACCCUGACAUCGUGCGUCCACGCGUCCUGCGCUCUUCUGUACCCCAUGCACUGGGAGCACGUACUGAUCCCCACGCUGCCGCCGCAUCUGCUGGACUACUGCUGCGCGCCCAUGCCCUACCUCAUCGGAGUGCACGCCAGUCUCGCAGAGAGAGUGCAGGAGAAAGCCCUGGAGGACGUCGUGAUGAUGAAUGUGGACUCCAAUACCUUGGAGACGCCCUUUGACGACGUUCAGACCCUGCCCCCAGAUGUGGUGUCUCUGCUGAGGCUGCGGCUAAGGAAGGUCGCGCUGGCCCCCGGGGAAGGGGUGUCCCGUCUCUUCCUCAAAGCCCAGGCCCUGCUCUUCGGGGGGUACCGCGAUGCGCUCGUCUGCUGCCCGGGCCAGCCUGUAACCUUCAAUGAAGAAGCCUUCCUGGCCCAGAAACCCGGAGCGCCGCUGCAGGCCUUCCACCGGCGGGCUGUGCACCUGCAGCUGUUCAAACAGUUCAUCGAAGGCCGACUGGAGAAGCUGAACACAGGAGAAGGCUUCUCAGACCUCUUCGAGCAGGAGAUCACCUGUAGCGGGACCUCUUCAGGGACACUUCGCUCCUACCAGCUCUGGGCAGACAACCUAAAGAAAGGUGGUGGUGCCCUCCUGCAUUCUGUCAAGGCCAAGACCCAACCAGCCGUCAGAAACAUGUACCGAUCGGCAAAGAGCGGCUUGAAGGGUGUGCAGAGCCUUCUGAUGUACAAGGAUGGGGACUCUGGCCUUCAGAGGGGGGGCUCCCUGAGGGCCCCCUCCCUCACCAGCCGCUCAGAUCGCCUGCAGCAGCGUCUGCCUAUCACCCGGCACUUUGGACAGAACCGGCCCCUUCGCCCCAGCAGGAGAUUCCGGCUGGAAGAGAGACCUUCUGAGUCCCUGGGGGAGGGGACACCCUCUCUGAGCCCUGAGGAUGCCCAGGAAACAUGGGCAGAGGAAGCUCUGGACGGCAGCUUCCUGGGGUCCGGAGAAGAACUGGAUUUACUGAGCGAGAUUCUGGAUACCCUGAGCACGAGAGCCACGCGGACCAGCAGCCUGCGACCCAGCCAGAGUUUGGACUGCUGCCACAGAGGGGACCUGGACAGCUGCCUUAGCCUGCCUGACAUACCAGGAAGAUCAAGAUGGCAAGAAGAUGAUGAGAAACCAACAGAGCCCCAGCCCCUGUCCCUGCCUGUCAGCCUGCCGCCUCUGCACACCCCCCAGCCUUUGGGUGCCACGAGCUGCCCGGAGCACCCCACUUCCCAGCUGCCCUCGGAGGGCAGCCCAGAAAUCAUUUCUGCAUGCCAGUCUUCGACAGCUUCUGCAGACCCAAGCAGCAAAGGGGAGCCCAGUUCCUCUCUCACAGAGCUCCAGCCUCUAUGCCUCUCCCCUCCCCAUGAGGCAACAGAGGAUCCCACAGCCCAGGAGAGCCCCGGCUCCCAGCUCUCCACGGCACCCACCCAGCCCAGCCCUCCAGAAAGCCCUCAGCUUCUGACCGCCACAAAAUCCAACUCGGAUAUUACCUGGACAUCCCAAGCCCUUGAUUAUCCCUCAGAUCCCGGUUCCUCAGAGAACCCCGAAACCCAGCCUUCGGAGGUCCUGCUCGCAGAAUGUGCACACCUCCAGCCCGCCGAGGAGCUGGGAGCCCCCAGGCCCCCUGAUCCUCCUGCUACCAACUGGCAGGAGCCCCAGGCCAGGAGCCGGCCCAGUGUCGCUGAGCUUAAAAAGUGUUUUGAAGGUUAA